AUCAACGACACGCAAUCUCCAAUCACCUCACCUCACCGCCACACCCAUACCACAAAAAACCGCGGCAUCAAUUCCUACACUAGGAAGCUGGAACCAUGCCGCCAAAAUCAUCAUCAUCAUCCUCCUCCGCAGGGAAACUGACCGGCUCCUCCUCCUCCAAAACUCCCGUCAAAUCCGCCCGAAACAGGGGCUACAUUACCAAGACGCCUAUCUCCUCGAAGCCGAAACCAAAGCCGAAUGCGAGUAUCUUGAAUUACUUCAAGAAGGCGGCGGAUGAGACGCUUUUUAUUGGAGAAGGCGGGGUUGGGGUUGAGGAUUUGGAGGGGGGUGAUGAGCUUGAGGUUGAGGGUGAGAGGGAGGGUGAGGGUGAAAUUGAAGGAGGUGAUGUCAAGGGAGUUGAGGAGGAGAAACGGUUCAAUGAGCUCGGGGGGCCGAGUAAGAAGAGGAGGGUCAGUUCUGACGCUGAGGAAGAAGUGAGGGGAAAGAAGGUGAAGGGGGGUGAGGUUGAAGUCAGGAAGGAGGCGGAGAAAGAGGAGGUGAAGCCGCAGAGUGCGAACAAAGAAGAGAAGCUGGCUGUGCCACCGAGUAGUGGUGCGCAGAGCGCAAAAUCGGCAAAGAAGCUAAGGAGAGGUCCGUUCUUGGAUGAUUCGGACGAGGAGGAUGAUGAGGAUGAGGAUGAGGAGAAGGGAGCUGCUCAUGUCAAGCCUGCGGGUUUAUCUGGUGAUGAGGGAAGGGAGAAAAGGGAGGAAUCAACAGACAAGACGGAACCCAAGCCCUUAAAGGAGGUCACGGAUAGGCCCAGAGUUCCGCUGCUACGACAAGAGACAUCCGGCGCCAGAGCGGACACCCAUACCAAGCAGGAAGAAGAAGACAAAGAAUCGGCAAAGGACGACGCAGAUCAAGUCGACGAAGACCCACAAGAAGACAAGGAAAAUCACGACAACGACCUUCAAGGCGAGGAACUGAGAGAGAAGCGGUACGUGCAGGAGCAAGCCCGGCUCGAAGCAAAAGAGCGAGGGUUUCUCGGAGACGAUGAUGAUUUUGACGAAAUGAUGUUGGAUGAUGCUGGAUUUAUCGAUGAGAUUGAGGACGAUGAUGAUCUAACGUUUCCCCCGGCGGACCCGGAUGCCAUUACAGAAAGCUGCCCGAUAUGCAACGCAAGUCUCGCCGGCGUAACAAGCGACCAGGCCACCGCUCACGUCAACGCUUGUCUUGAUGGCAACCCCACGCCACUUCCCCCUCCACCAGUUCCAGCAACAGCGAAGCAACGUGUACCCAAGAUCAAGGACGAAAGUCAGGAGAGCACCAAUCUCGUGGAUGACACGAUGACGGAUCUCACAGAGGGUAGCAAACGCUUUGCUUCUCGCGCCGCCAUUGCCCGCCCAGGACAAGCAAACCCCUUUACCCUCCCAGGCGAUGACGAUGAUCCCAACCGUGGCCCCGAUGCUAAACCCAAAAGUAACGGCAGCUCAGCCUUCAGCAAACUAAUGUCCUCCCACGCCGAAUCCUCCGCCUGGGCCACCGCCGCGGCCGCCGAGUCCGCCUCUAGGGGAAUGCCGGCCUACAAGCGAACCUGCCCCUUCUACAAGAUCAUGCCCAAUUUCUCCAUCUGCGUUGACGCAUUCCGCUACGGCGCCGUCCAAGGCUGCAAGGCCUACUUCCUCAGCCACUUUCACAGCGACCACUACAUGGGCCUCUCAGCCAGCUGGGUACACGGGCCCAUCUACUGCAGCAAAGUGACCGGGUCGCUGGUCAAGACGCAGUUGCGGACAGCGGCCAAGUACGUUGUCGAGCUGGAGUUUGGGGAAACAGUGCCGGUCGCUGAGACGGGCGGUACAGUGAUGGUCACAAUGAUCGAGGCGAAUCAUUGCCCAGGGAGUUCGCUGUUUUUGUUCGAGAAGAAGGUGGGCAAGGAAGGGAGGACGCAGAGGAUUCUGCAUUGUGGUGACUUCAGGGCGUGUCCAGCGCAUGUGGAACAUCCACUACUGAAGCCGGAGACGCUUGAUAAGGUGACGGGGAAGACAAGACAGCAAAAGAUUGACGUUUGUUACCUUGACACGACGUAUCUGAAUCCGCGGUAUUCGUUCCCACCCCAGGAGGACGUGAUCCAGGCAUGUGCGGAGGUGUGCGCAAAACUGGAUAAAGGGUUGAAGGAUGGGAACGAGGCAGAAUGGGAGCGGUUGUUGAGGGUGAGGGAAGGCGGCGGUAAUGCAAAGGAGGGAAAGGAUGUCAGUCAGUUCUUUGGCUACAACAGUAAGAGAAGAGGGGACGGCGGCAUCACAUCAAACCCAACACCACCCGAGGAGGAACAAGAAGACACCAAGACCAAACCUCCUCCCAACGCCUUCACCGCCCUCACCUCAUCGUCAUCGUCCCGCAAAAACCGCCUCCUCGUAGUCUGCGGCACCUACUCCAUCGGCAAAGAGCGCAUCUGCGUCGCCAUCGCGCAAGCCCUCCGCUCCAAAAUCUUCGCUUCCCCAUCCAAGAUCCGCAUCACCAAACAGCUCGGCGACCCCGAGCUCUCCGCCCUCAUGACCUCGGACCCCCGCGAGGCCCAAGUGCACAUGCAAGCCCUCGGCGAGAUCCGCGCCGACACGCUGGCCGAGUACCUCGAGCUGCACCGGUCCAACGGGUUCAGCCGCAUCGUCGGGUUUCGUCCAUCGGGGUGGAGUUACCGUCCCGGAUCCGGGUCCAACAACAACAACUCCUCCUCCCAUCCCUCCCACCAAAUACCACCAGAUCUCGACACAGGACCCCCCGCUUCCGUCCCCGUCACCGCCACUCUCCCUCCUUCCUCCCUGCCGAUCACGCACCUCCUCCACGGCAACCGGUUCCGGCCCCGUUUCUUCGCGAGGAACGUCGUCCCGCAGCGCGGGAGCGGGAAGGAGGCCAUGUGCUUUGGGGUGCCCUACAGCGAGCACAGCUCGUUCAGGGAGCUGGCGCUCUUUUUGAUGGCGUUGAGGGUGGAGAAGGUGGUGCCGACGGUCAAUGUGGGGAGCGAGGCGAGUAGGGCGAGGAUGAAGGGGUGGAUUGAUCGGUGGGUGGGGGAGAGGAGGAGAGGGGGGUUGGUGAGGGUUUUGCAUGAAGAUGAAGAGAAGGUGAAAGGGCAGAAGUUUUGGGAUGGGAAGGAUGGGAGUGGUGGGGGGGUUUAUUGGUAGUUUGUGUGGUGGUUUGCGUAAGAGUUGGAGUGUUUAUAGAUGGAUCAGGUUGGCGUCAGUAAUCAUGGCAUCUCUGUUUGUUUGGAAGCUUAUCCGGACAUUGUGUCUGUGUUGUAAUACAUGGACCAACACUGUCCUCACUCGUUUGUUCGUUCACCUCACCGCGUUCAUUCCUCAUCUGGUAUCCGUCCUAUGUGACACUCUCGGAUCCAUCACGCUUGCCACGCUUGCCUUGCGGUUUCGCCGGUCACCGCCCUCUCUCUGUAGAGGUAACCUUGAUUCCAAAAAAUACCCGCCAAAGACUUUUCUCUUCCACAUCGUCGUUUGCUUCAGUCGAUGAACGAGAUCGGUGGUGACAACCUUAGACUGUGGUUGAUUUCCCGGUGUGUUUUCCGUGUAAUGGUUCUAGAUGAUAUUCCCCC